AGCAGCUCGAGGAGGAAGGGGUCUACUCGCUCUCUCGCUCGCUCUCCGUCCCUCCGCCGGGGCUUUUCACGGGAGCCAUGGUCUCCCUCCUCUGCUGCGGGCCGAAGAUGGCCGCUUGCGGGAUCGUGCUCAGCGCCUGGGGAGUCAUCAUGCUGGUGCUGCUGGGCAUCUUCUUCAACGUCCACUCUGCGGUCCUCAUCGAGGACGUCCCCACCAAAGAAGAAGACUUCACAGGUAACCCAGACAAGAUUUACGCCCUGUAUGAGCAAGUCAGCUACAACUGCUUCAUUGCGGCCGGCCUGUACGUCCUCCUGGGGGGCUUCUCCUUCUGCCAAGUGCGCCUCAACAAACGGAAGGAGUACAUGGUCCGCUAACGGUGCCCCCCACACCCAGCCCCCAGGCUCUUGCCUCCUGCUAGUGGGGACGGCCGACCCUCUCCUUCUGCGCCUGAUAUUUAUUUCCUCUUUGGACAUUGGGGCUCUGCUUUGGGGUUCCUCAGCCAUCGCUCUCCACACAAUGGAUCCUCUGGUUGCCCCAAGUCCAGGGUCUGGCGGCUGGGGAAGGGGACUGGUGGGUGGGGAGAGGGGGGGGAAAUAUUUCCUUUUAAAUCAUAUAUAUAUCCGUGUGUGUUUGUGCGGGUAAAGAGCAGUUUCCCAACUUGGUCUGGAGCAUCUAGUUUACGAAA